UGAACGAGAUCGAGAUCGAGCUUCGACAGGCAGAGAGCAGCAGCAUCAGCACCACUUCAGAGCAUCAUGGUUCUCAUCUGGACGCAGUUCGGCGUGAAGCACAAGAAUGUCAAGUGCAAGGUGCGCGUGAUCCAUGGAGAGGAGACGUGGACCUCAGAGGAGGUGCACGAGGACCCAGAGACUCCCAGUCCUCCAUCCUCACCAGUCUGUGUAGACCACUAUGCGGUGCUGGGGGUGUCGAGCGACUCGAACGAGGAGGAGAUCAGACGGGCGUACAAGCGUCUGGCACUGCGCUACCAUCCAGACAAAAACCCGGAUGCGGAUGCGGAGGAAAAGUUCAAGCAGAUCGCCCAAGCCUACGAGGUCCUCAAUGACCCUCAGAAACGCAGCCUGUAUGACCAGCAAGGUACGUCUAAAGGAGGAAUGACAUCCGCCAAAUCAGACCCUGCCACCAGUGGCCCCAAGUCUGACGCCCAUGCCUGGCGAAUGUUUUUCAACUUUGAGUUCGACUCAGACGACGACCUGUUCAACCCGUUCCUGAAGAACCCACAGCCUCACCUGGGUCGUCACCAUGCCGGCAAGGCGGGGACCCAGUCGGGGGGCGUUGCCGAGGUCCAUGACCUCUUAGUGUCCCUGGAGGACAUCCUGACAGGUGUGACCAAGCGUGUGAAGGUUACCCGGCUAUGGCCCACUGACAAAAACACACUUCAGCCAGAGGAGAAAGUGAUAGACGUGGAGGUGAAGAAAGGAUGGAAGGAAGGGACGAAGAUCACCUUUCCCGGUGAGGGAAACCUGGUGUCAGGGCAUGCCCCCAGCGACUUGACGUUCGUGGUCAAAGAGAAGAAGCACGCCCAGUUCAGACGGGAAGGGUCAAACCUGGUCUAUACGGCGACCAUCACUCUGCGAGAGGCUCUGUGUGGCUGCACGGUUAACGUCCCGACUCUCGAUGGGCAGACGAAGCCUGUCCCCUGCAACGAUGUGAUCAAGCCUGGUUCGGUUAGAAGACUGAUCGGAGAAGGUCUUCCCCGUGCGAAAAACCCCAACCAGCGCGGUGACCUGUUGGUUGAGUUCCAGGUCGUGUUUCCCGAGCGCAUCCCGCCGUCCAGCAAAGAGAUCAUCAAACACAGUCUGGGACAAUGUUAAGAUGUUGAGUUCCGUGACGAACGAUGUGCAACUUUUUUGUCUCUGUGAGGCAUUCGAUGUGCUGGACGGUACUCAUAUGCACAAAAAAUAUUGUCAUCAGUAGGACUUUCAAACUAUCAACACACACACAUCAUAAAAUAUUCAUAAGACUAAGAAUACACACACUGAUAUACACAGUGGUGCUACACUCGAGCUAUCAACACACUUUCUGUGUGGCAGGAAGUGACCGGCUCUUCAUGAGGGCUCAAUGGGCUCCGGUAGGAAAUUGUUAUUCCUGUAAUGACAGUCUCUACUCGCUCUUAACCAUGACAAAUUUGUACUUGUGUACAGAAUCGUCAAUUAAUUAGUCUCUAUGAGAGAACCUGUGUCAUGUUUCAAUGAAUUAUUUAUAAAGGAUAAAUAUAAAGGUUUCAUUAUACUGUAUAACCUGGCAUGAAGGCUACAGCUGUAUGAAAGCAUGUUUUUUAGACUUUGUUAAAUAAAAAUAUUAAAACUA